UUUUAAGAUCGCUACAGCAACUGGACUCACCUGUAGUCUUGAAUUAUGCAACAUAAACUCCUGCUGUUUUCUCAAGUUUGCAUCCAUGGACUUGGAGAGAAGAAAGCCCAUGGUGGUGAGUCUACCGCUUAACUGGAACUUCAUGACGAACAUGAAAACUCGCCAAAAGGAAUCACACAUUUACAAAGGUCCAAAUGAAGUGGUCCAGUGUUUUUAUUUUGAACGUCAUGUUCCAGCCUUGUCUCCAAGUCUUGUUAACCACCGAUGCGGAGCAGACCUCAUAUCAAGCCGAGCUAGGAGGAGAUGUGGUAAUGGGCUGCCGGUUCUCCCCUGUGUCUCAGCAUCCUUACAAGGACUUGGCAGUGUCCUGGCACCAUGUUUUGGGGGCUCGGUCUCGGGUAGUGUACUGCAUGGAUCACGGGCAGGAGCAAGCCUCCCUCCAGAAUCCGGACUUCAGGGGUCGCGCCAGGCUUCUCACCGAGCAGAUUAGAGAUGGCUGGGCCAAGCUGCAGGUGUCCGGACUGCGCAUCAACGACUCUGGAAUCUACCAGUGCAUUGUAUGGACAAAAAACGGGGCGGAUUUUAAGAACAUUAAUUUAUUUGUUUCUGCACCUUUUAAAACGGUCACCAAAAACAUUUCCAUAUCAGCAAGAGGGGACGAGCUGACGUUAAGCUGCCGGUCCGAAGGCUACCCGAUGUCCACGGUGACUUGGGGGGACCCUCACCGGCGAGAGCUCAACGCAAGCACCGCCGUCGUGUCAACGGGCGACGGCCUUUUCAAAAUCACCACCCGGAUACGAGUGGCGUCACGGCAGGAAAGCAACUACACUUGCAGCUUUGAUAGCAGCGGCUCCUCUGCUACUUUUCUCAUUCCCGAUGACAUACAGCUCCAGGAGGAAAUUAAGUACAAUGUAGUUGUAAUCGGUGCAGCAGUCGGCGUCAUCACAUGCAUUGCAAUUGCACUGUUUGCCUUCAUUGUCGUGCACAAAAAAGGCCUUUGCAGGAAAAUACGAAAUAUCCCGAUGACGCAAGAAGAGGAAGAAAAAAUAAAUGUUUUUCCUGAAGUUCAUCGGAGAGGGAGCUUUUCUACAACGACAGCCAAGUCGUCUGAAGACCAGCAUUUGUAUUUGUUUUAGCAAAGACUUGAAAGCUUCAAAAAAGGCGACAUUGGUCACACUGACUGUUGUAGUAAUUGAUUUAGUUUUUACAAUUCAUAUAGUGGAACCUCCCAAGUUGAAUACCUCACAAUUGAUAAAAUAUGGAUGGAAAUAUGGAAAGCCAGUGGCUUUGUGACUAAAAUGAUCAGAUCUCGUUCAGGGGUCUUCAAAGUGUCGCCUUAUCACUUUUAAUACUUGUUUUGUAGGUUUGUUUAGUUUCAAUGAACAGUACUCCCUACACUUUGAUAGAAGUUCGGAAUGCUAAAAUGUUCAUUAAGCCGGCGCCUGUCCAGUUAUACGAUACAACUGAGUAAAUUAAUUAUAAAAAGUAUACAUAAGUAUAUGCAUCUUCAUAUAAGUAUAAAAUAUAUUUUGGAAGGUAACCGGCAUUAUGUGAUGGAUUAUUUUCCACUUUGAGGUUCCACUGUAUACUGAGCAUUCUCAUAAACAUGCUUUUUUGUUUUCUGUACUUCAUAAGGAAUUGUGUGGCUGGCCACCCAAAAAAUAAUUAGAUAAAAAGUACAGGAAUUAGCUGCAGCGUACCUCAGGGUUUUAUUCUAGGCUCUGUCUUUUUGUUCUGUUUUUGUCCGUUUCUGAACUUCUAAUAGGAAUGUCACAACACACCUCGUAAUACAUGUUUCAAAAUGUAUGUGAAAAAAUAUGUAUAAUCGCUCAAUCCUGCACAAAGUAUUGAAGACAAAAACUGUUCAGUAUUAAGAAGUGAUACAUUGUAUGAUGCAGAUUUAAAAAAGUACUUUCAUGCUUCUACUAUCAGUUUACUAAAGUACUGGCAAAUCUGCAAGUAUUCAGUAUCCAUCCUUAUGCAGUUCAGUGAACUAUCAAUAUAGUGAAGUGUGUUUUUUUUUAGUUCCCUUUUGAAAUGGUCAUCACGAAACUGGAUUAUUUUUCAUUGUACCUCAUCUGAAUUACAGUCAGAGUACAUGUUUUUACAAGAAGAGAGAAGUGAAUCGGGAUAACAUUUCAAGUGUCAUUUGAGGUUCAUUUACAUCAAGAAAAAAAACAAAAGAGAAAGAAAGUGGUGAUAUUUGGUACUAUUUGCUUCCAUCAUCUCAAUGGAAUGUGGUCCGUCUGUAAUCUUAAAUUUAAUACUUACAAUACCGUCACCAAAGAGAUGUAUAAAUAAGCCUAUUGUUAACUCAUCAAGGAAGUUAUUCAUUCAAAGCAGCUUCUAUCACGUUUCCCUGCUAAAAAAAUUUUUAUAGAACAUUUCUAAAGAAUUUCUAAAGAACUAUAGAACUUUCGGACCCAAGUCCUAUAGAAUUUCUAUUGUUCUGUAGAAUUUCUAUAGAAAAUCACAGCCAAAGUUCUAUAGAACAAGUUGUUCUGUACGAAAUCUAUAGAUUUCUCUAGAAUUUUUUUCUUUUUUUAGCAGGGUCAGUUUGCAUUCAAAAUAAAUAAAAAGCCCCACACUGUACACACAGUACAUGAAUGACAUUGUCAUUUUCAAUUCAUUAAAUCACUCAUAAUAAAGCAGUAUGUUUUAGGGAAACGCCUCAUUCUUACGAGAAACGUCAUUUACAUAUAGUCGCAUUAUGAAGGAAGAUUUACAAAAAGUCCCACUUGAUUACUGAAAUUGGCAAAGUAAACACUUUUCCUUCAUAUUAUUGCUUUGUUCAAAAGGAAGUCUGGGUACCCCUGCUGAAACCCGAACCCAGAAAAGCAGUAGAU